CGAACUGUGAACAGUUUAUGUUAUAUGAUCGGUGAUACCGUCAAAGAAGUACUAAUUCGUGCAUUGCCGUGUGUUGCAACGUUAGAUGCAUGAAUCAUAAAGCCAUUCAUAUAUAAUUAUCAAUAAUAUUAGAUUUUCUGUUAUGAAGUGAAUGCAUGUGUAGUGUAUCUCUUAAGUGUAUAUCGAAAGUUCGCUGAAAAUGCAGCGUUACACGCUGCUAGUAGCCACCACACUGGUUUUCUCGUCCAGUACUGCAUGGUUGAGGGUUAUAGUUGCAGCUCAAAAAUUUAACUUCCCCGAUGGAGUUGGUGGUAAUUCAAAUGAGUUGACUCGACAACAGACGACGAAUGUUAGCACAGGAAUUAUAACUGGUAUUCUUACUGGUACUGUUCCGUUGCAAACUGGUAUCACUGGAACAAUCACCACAAGUGGUGUGGCGCAAACGUGCAUAUGUGUACCGACGGGGAGAUGUAACUCAACACCCGCAACUACCGACGGCUCAGGCAUGUUAGACGUUCGAAUAGUAACAUCGGCGGUUUCUACUAAUGCGUCAUCAGUAAUAACACCAAAUAUAGUGACACCUGCCACGUGUGUGGCCGGAUUGGAACGGUGCUGUAUGCCCGGUGGUUAUCAGUGUGGUCUACAAUUCCCCCCAGUUGCCUCUGCUAGACAACCUGGGCCAGGACAAGCAAGCUACGGCGAGUACCCAUGGCAAGCGGUUCUUCUUGGUCCAGGAGAUAUCUAUGUUGGUUCAGGAGCACUAGUAGAUGCGUUGAACGUUAUUACCGUUGCUCAUCGAGUUAGUGAAUAUCUAUCAGGUUCCAGACCAUUGAGAGUACGAAUGGGAGAAUGGGAUGCUUCGGCAGCCUCAGAACCAAUUCCGGCGCAAGAAUUUAACGUUGUUAAAAUUUUCAUUCACCCAAGUUAUACUUCUUCAAACUUGAAAAACGAUAUUGCAAUGCUGAGACUUUCAUCAGCAGUUAACUUAGGUACGACGCCAACCAUUACAACUGCCUGCUUGCCAGCCACCUCUUUCGUUGGUAAUCGCUGCUGGAUUUCGGGAUGGGGCAAAAAUGAUUUUGUAAAUGGAGCUUACCAAGCUAUCCAAAAAGAAGUUGAUGUGCCAGUUCGAUCUACUAUUGAUUGUGAAGCGGCCUUAAGAACUACUCGUUUGGGGCCUUCCUUUCAGUUGGAUUCUACAAGUUUUAUGUGCGCAGGUGGUGAAACUGGAAAGGACGCAUGCACUGGAGAUGGUGGCUCACCACUUGUCUGUGCAUUAGGUGGUCGGUACUUUGUAGUGGGACUAGUAGCCUGGGGUAUCGGUUGUGGAACUACAAAUAUACCUGGUGUUUAUGUUAAUGUGGCUUCUUUCGUACCGUGGAUUAUGAGUACAGUCAUUUCUAAUUGAAAAUUGGAGAAUGAAUCAAUCUGUAUUGUAUUAGCAAAUCUGUACUAUAUUUUAUAAUCAAUUGUAUUUAAUUAUUAAUACCUAGAUAAUGAAUGAUAAAAAAUCCCACAU